AUGUCUUUUGAGCUCACACCUUCGUCUUUCAGUGAUGACGGUCUUGCCAUCAAAUUAGGACAAUUCGGUGUGGAUGGUAUAAACAACAUUUUGGAACAGAACAACAUGUCCGGAAAUUGUUCUCAUCUAAUUCUUCAUCAGGUUCACUCGGUGUCUCGUUAUGUCCUUCCUGAAGAACAGAUGCGAACUACAGCGAUUUACGAUGUCACAUUCCAAGUAUCGCCUUCUGCAGGAUUGUUCCAGGUUUGUGAUCGCUUCGGUUUAUCUCCAGUGGAUACCGAAAUUCAAAAUUGA